AUGCUUGUCUGCAACCCUACAUCCUCCAAAUGGAUGCCUGAGAAAACUGUCAGGUAUCCAAAGCUUGGCUCCUUCGAGGUGUGGUUCUGCUAUAGGGGCAGCCGUGAAAAGGUCUUCUCGAAGCUGAAGUCCGGGCGGUGGCCCAAUGCCCAGUGGCUGGCCGAGCGCAUCGUGAAGGUUGCUGAGAAGCUCGGCGUCUGGGAGACGCAGGCGGCGGUAGUCCCAGAGACGCCCGCUCCACCCAAAAAGGCAGCUUCGACACUCUCUCAGUCCACGAGCUGUGGUACCGGAGUGUCAGAGGCAUCCUCCGUGCCGCGGUUUGGGGCGCUGGAGGGGACCCAGGACCUGGGUGCCAAGCCUGCGAUCGACAAGCCUGACCCAUGGCGCCUGACUGAGAUGCAGAAGGAGGAUGAUGAAGCUGACAAGGUAGGCAGCGUCGCUGGUGCCGGCAAAGGUUCAAGCCAGAAAGCUGAGAAGGAUGCGGGCGGACAAAGAGGCCGAGACUCGCUCUGGGAGGAUGACUUUGAGGAGCCUAGUGUUUCCGACGAGGUUGUGGCUGCUCAGUCAGCUGCGGCACGGGAUGCAGAGGAAGUGAAUGCUAACAAAGCCCAGUCUUCUAAAGCAACUGCACCAGAUGAACCUGUUCCGGAAGAUGACUAUGACUCAGACUUCGAAGAAGAGGAGACCAAGCCAGAGCCAGCUGCAAAGUCAAAAGCCGAAAAAGAAAAUGGACACCUGAGGAGAACCGAAACCUACGGCGAGGACUUCGAGGAUUUUGCCGAGGAUAGCCCUCGCAGUCCAACAGCAAACACCCUGCCGAAGGAAGCAAAGGAAGCUGAGAAGGAUGCGGGCGGACAAAGAGGCCGAGACUCGCUGUGGGAGGAUGACUUUGAGGAGCCUAGUGUUUCCGACGAGGUUGUGGCUGCUCAGUCAGCUGCGGCACGGGAUGCAGAGGAAGUGAAUGCAAGAUCAGCAAGCGAGGCUUCUCUAGGUAAGGCGCAGUCCUCUAUAGCAACUGCGCCAGAUGAACCUGUUCCGGAGGAUGAUUAUGGGUCAGACUUCGAGGAACCUGCAGCAGAGCCGGCUUUCAAGUCAGAGCCGGCUUUGAAGCCAGAGCCAGCUUUCAAGUCAGAAGUCGAUGGAGCCAAUGGUAGCAUGACGAUGGCUGCAGCAUACAGUGCAGACUUUGAGGAUUUUGCCGAGGAUAGCCCUCGCAGUCCAACAGCAAACACCCUGCCGAAGGAAGCAAAGGCAGGCAGUGUCGCCAGUGUGGGCAAAGGGGCAAGCCAGGAAGCUGAGAAGGAUGCGGGCGGACAAAGAGGCCGAGACUCGCUGUGGGAGGAUGACUUUGAGGAGCCUAGUGUUUCCGACGAGGUUGUGGCUGCUCAGUCAGCUGCGGCACGGGAUGCAGAGGAAGUGAAUGCAAGAUCAGCAAGCGAGGCUUCUCUAGGUAAGGCGCAGUCCUCUAUAGCAACUGCGCCAGAUGAACCUGUUCCGGAGGAUGAUUAUGGCUCAGACUUCGAGGAACCUGCAGCGGCCAAGCCAGAGCCGGCUUUGAAGCCACAGCCGGCUUUCAAGCCAGAGCCGACUUUGAAGCCAGAGCCGGCUUUCAAGUCAGAGCCGGCUUUCAAGUCAGAGCCGGCUUUCAAGUCAGAGCCGGCUUUCAAGCCAGAAGUCGAUGGAGACAAUGGUGGUGUGACGUUGGCUGCAGCAUACGAGGCAGACUUUGAGGAUUUUGCUGAGGAUAGCCCUCGCAGUCCAACCGCAGACACCCUGCAGAAGGAAGCACAGGCAGGCAGUGUCGCCAGUGUGGGCAAAGGGGCAAGCCAGGAAGCUGAAAAGGAUGCGGGCGGACAAAGAGGCCGAGACUCGCUCUGGGAGGAUGACUUUGAGGAGCCUAGUGUUUCCGACGAGGUUGUGGCUGCUCAGUCAGCUGCGGCACGGGAUGCAGAGGAAGUGAAUGCAAGAUCAGCAAGCGAGGCUUCUCUAAGUAAGCCGCAGUCCUCUAUAGCAACGGCGCCAGAUGAAGCUAUCGUGGAGGAUGAUUAUGGCUCAGACUUUGAGGAACCUGCAGCUGCCAAGCCAGAGCCAGCUGCCCAGUCAGAAGUCAGGUCGGCAAGCGAGGCUUCUCCAAGUGCGGCGCAGUCUCCUAUAGCGACGGCGCCAGAUGAAGCUAUUGUGGAGGAUGAUUAUGGUUCAGACUUUGAGGAACCUGCAGCUACCAAGCCAGAGCCAGCUGCCCAGUCAGAAGUCAGGUCGGCAAGCGAGGCUUCUCCAAGUGCGGCGCAGUCUCCUAUAGCGAUGGCGCCAGAUGAAGCUAUUGUGGAGGAUGAUUAUGGGUCAGACUUUGAGGAACCUGCAGCUGCCAAGCCAGAGCCAGCUGCCCAGUCAGAAGUCAGGUCGGCAAGCGAGGCUUCUCCAAGUGCGGCGCAGUCCCCUAUGGCAACGGCGCCAGAUGAAGCUAUUGUGGAGGAUGAUUAUGGCUCAGACUUUGAGGAACCUGCAGCUGCCAAGCCAGAGCCAGCUGCCCAGUCAGAAGUCAGGUCGGCAAGCGAGGCUUCUCCAAGUGCAGCGCAGUCCCCUAUAGCAACAGCGCCAGAUGAAGCUAUUGUGGAGGAUGGUUAUGCGUCAGACUUUGAGGAACCUGCAGCUACCAAGCCAGAGCCAGCUGCCCAGUCAGAAGUCAGGUCGGCAAGCGAGGCUUCUCCAAGUGCAGCGCAGUCCCCUAUAGCAACAGCGCCAGAUGAAGCUAUUGUGGAGGAUGGUUAUGCGUCAGACUUUGAGGAACCUGCAGUACCAAGCCAGAGCCAGCUGCCCAGUCAGAAGUCAGGUCGGCAAGCGAGGCUUCUCCAAGUGCGGCGCAGUCCCCUAUAG